CCUCUCGGAGCUUCAGACCCUCUCUCCGCGGGCUGCGCUGUACUAUUUGAGGCGGGCGCGGGUGGAAGAACACGGCGGUGCCAGCCUCGGCGCGAGGCCGGUGGCGCAGGGAUCCGGGCCGCGGUGCUGAGGCCGCCUGUCAGUCAGUGCGGCGGCGCCGGGACGCGGCCGGAGCGCAGCCGGCAGAAGGCGGUGUGGGGAGCGCGCGGUAACGGAGACGGAGCGCGGCCGGCAGCGGGAGGAGCGGCGAGGGAAGGCGAGAGGGGAAAAAGGGAAAAUAAACGUAAAAGAAGCGAGCUGCGUUUCUUCCGAACUGCAGGAAAAGGCUAUUUCACGACCGGCUCCCUGUCCCCUCGGUCGGCUGCGAUGCUGCUAGCCACCGUGUUGCCCUGGACGUUGGUUUUGCUUGGAACCGCAGCCUCUCUACAAGUGGACAUUGUUCCAAGCCAGGGAGAGAUCAGCGUUGGAGAAUCAAAGUUCUUCUUAUGCCAAGUGGCAGGGGAGGCCAAAUACAAAGACAUUUCCUGGUUUUCCCCUAAUGGUGAGAAGCUGACGCCGAACCAACAGCGCAUCUCAGUGGUGCGAAACGAUGACUUCUCCUCCACCCUCACCAUCUACAACGCCAACAUUGAUGAUGCUGGCAUCUAUAAAUGCGUUGUCAGUAGCAUGGAGGAGGGAGACUCCGAGGCCACCGUCAAUGUGAAAAUUUUCCAAAAACUGAUGUUCAAGAAUGCUCCCACUCCUCAGGAAUUUAAGGAAGGGGAUGAUGCUGUGAUUGUGUGUGAUGUGGUCAGCUCGCUGCCUCCUACCAUCAUUUGGAAGCACAAAGGCAGGGAUGUUAUCCUAAAAAAAGACGUUCGAUUUAUAGUCCUGUCCAACAACUACCUGCAGAUCCGGGGAAUCAAGAAAACGGAUGAAGGGACAUACCGCUGUGAGGGCCGGAUCUUGGCUCGUGGGGAGAUCAACUUCAAAGAUAUUCAGGUCAUCGUGAAUGUACCUCCUUCUGUGCGUGCCAGGCAGAGCACUAUGAAUGCCACUGCCAACCUCAGCCAGUCUGUCACCUUAGCGUGUGAUGCCGAUGGCUUUCCUGAGCCAACAGUGACGUGGACAAAGGAUGGAGAGCCAAUAGAAGAGGCUGAUGAUGAAGAGAAAUACAGUUUUAAUUAUGAUGGGUCUGAGCUCAUCAUCAAGAAGGUGGAUAAGAGCGAUGAAGCGGAAUACAUCUGCAUUGCUGAGAACAAGGCUGGCGAGCAAGAUGCCACCAUUCAUCUCAAAGUCUUUGCAAAACCCAAAAUCACCUAUGUGGAGAAUAAAACAGCCAUGGAGCUGGAGGAUCAGAUUACACUGACCUGUGAGGCAUCUGGGGACCCAAUCCCUUCCAUCACUUGGAGAACUUCCACCAGGAACAUCAGCAAUGAAGAGAAGGCUUCGUGGACCCGACCCGAGAAACAAGAGACCCUGGAUGGGCGCAUCAUAGUACGUAGCCAUGCCCGGGUGUCAUCCCUGACUCUCAAAGACAUUCAGUACACAGAUGCCGGAGAAUAUGUAUGUACAGCCAGCAACACCAUCGGGCAGGACUCCCAGGCCAUGUAUCUUGAAGUGCAGUAUGCCCCCAAGCUUCAAGGCCCUGUGGCUGUCUAUACCUGGGAAGGGAAUCAAGUGAACAUCACCUGUGAGGUAUUUGCUUACCCCAGUGCUGUCAUCUCCUGGUUCCGGGAUGGACAGCUGCUUCCCAGCUCAAACUACAGCAACAUCAAGAUCUACAACACUCCGUCAGCAAGCUAUCUGGAGGUGACACCAGACUCUGAAAAUGACUUUGGGAACUAUAACUGCACUGCUGUGAACCGCAUUGGCCAGGAGUCCUCAGAGUUCAUUCUUGUGCAGGCAGAUACUCCGUCCUCUCCUUCCAUUGACAGAGUGGAGCCGUAUUCCAGUACUGCCCAGGUGGAGUUUGAUGAGCCUGAAGCUACCGGCGGGGUGCCCAUCCUCAAGUACAAAGCAGAGUGGAGGGCACUGGGCGAGGGAGAAUGGCAUUCGAGGCUGUAUGAUGCAAAAGAAGCAAAUGUGGAGGGCAUGAUCACUAUCACUGGCCUGAAACCUGAAACAACCUACUCAGUGAGACUGUCUGCUGUCAAUGGCAAGGGCGUGGGUGAGAUCAGCCUGCCAUCCGACUUCAAGACACAACCAGUUCGCAUCCCUCACCCACCAAGUACUGCUGCACCCACUUCCCGUUUAGCAGACACAACUCAGCUUCUUGCUGAAAAUGGAAGCUCAGAGCCACCAAAAGGGGAACCCAGUGCACCCAAACUGGAAGGUCAGAUGGGAGAAGAUGGAAACUCCAUUAAAGUGAAUGUUAUCAAGCAGGAUGAUGGUGGCUCCCCAAUUAGACAUUAUCUGAUCAAAUACAAAGCUAAGCAUUCCUCAGAAUGGAAACCAGAGAUCAGACUUCCAUCUGGCAGUGACCACGUCAUGCUCAAGUCCCUGGACUGGAAUGCGGAGUAUGAGGUUUAUGUGAUAGCUGAAAACCAGCAAGGGAAGUCCAAACCAGCUCACUAUGCUUUCCGAACUUCUGCUCAGCCUACUGUCAUCCCAGCCAGCACUAGCCCAACAUCAGGCCUUGGGACUGCUGCCAUCGUAGGAAUUCUCAUUGUUAUCUUUGUGCUGCUCCUGGUGGCUGUGGACGUCACCUGCUACUUCCUGAACAAGUGUGGCUUGCUGAUGUGCAUUGCUGUCAACUUGUGUGGCAAAUCUGGCCCAGGAGCAAAGGGCAAAGACAUGGAGGAGGGCAAAGCUGCCUUCUCGAAAGAUGAGUCCAAGGAGCCAAUUGUGGAGGUGCGGACUGAAGAGGAGCGGACCCCCAACCACGAAGGGGGAAAACACACAGAGCCCAAUGAGACCACCCCACUCACGGAGCCAGAGCACCCUGCUGAUACCGCAGCCACUGUUGAGGACAUGCUGCCUUCUGUAACUACGGGCACCACUAACUCUGACACUAUCACUGAAACUUUUGCCACUGCUCAGAACAGCCCCACCAGCGAGACCACUACGCUGACCUCCAGUAUUGCCCUGCCAGCCACGGCCAUUCCUGACUCAAACUCCAUGUCGCCUGGCCAGGCUACUCCAGCCAAAGGGGCAGCCACCUCAGUCUCUUCACCACCACCCUCUUCCACCCCCAAAGUGGCCCCCCUUGUUGAUCUCAGCGAUACCCCGAGUGCUACUCCAGCUACUAAUAAUCUGUCUUCAAGUGUCCUGUCUAACCAAGGUGCAGUGCUCAGCCCCAGCUCUGUUGCUAACGUGGCUGAGACCUCCAAAGUGGCAGCUGGUAACAAGCCAGCUGCCCCAAGUCCUGCAAACCUCACUAGCCCUCCAGCUCCGUCAGAGCCCAAGCAGGAGGUCUCAAGCACCAAGAGCCCUGAAAAGGAAGCUGUGCAGCCCAGUACAGCGAAGAGCCCAACAGAGACAACCAAGAACCCAAGCAAUCUGAAGAGCGAGGCUGCUUCAGGCAGCACCACAAACCCCUCCCAGAAUGAGGACUUUAAAAUGGACGAAGGGACCUUCAAGACACCAGACAUUGAUCUUGCAAAGGAUGUUUUUGCAGCUCUUGGCACUCCUACUCCUGCCAGUGCGACUAGUGGGCAAGCUCGCGAGCUUGCUUCUUCCACUGCAGACAGCUCUGUACCUGCUGCACCUGCAAAGACCGAGAAAAUCCCAGUAGAAGACAAAUCUGAAGUGCAAGCAACGGAAACCAAGACACCUCCAGCAGAAGUCAAGACGGUCCCCAGUGAAGCCACACAAACAAACGAAAAUGAGAGCAAAGCAUGAUCCAGCGACAGAUGAAAGCAAAUGACAGAACGACUUCACCCAAGCAUUUAAAACACAGAACACAACACACAUCUCAUUCCUCUAGUGUCUGUUGCCUUUUUUUAAAAAAACAAACAAAACAGAAAAUGCAUAAAUGGGGGGAGGGGGGAAUCUCUCUUUUUUUUUUUUUCCUUUUAUUUUUCUCUCUCUUUUUUUUUUGUUUUUUGUUUUUUCCUUAAGAUUUCUAGAAAAGUUCUAUUUGUUGUGCACUUGCUUUUAAAAAGUAAUACAUUUUAAAAACAGGGUUAAACCCGUAACCAAAUCAGGGCUCCGCUGACCCUGGGUAUAGUCAAAGAAGUCAAAUGGCAAAUCCCGUUUGCAGCGUGGUUGGGAAGCUCAAAACAAACUAGUCCUAGACAAAAAAAAAAAAAAGAGAAAAAAAAAGACAAAAAAAAAAAGACAAAAAAAAAAAAAAAGACCCUGUUCUUUCCUUCGUUAGUAUAGCAGAUAUAAACCACUGCGCCCUCGGCGCAGCUGGCGCUUAAUGAACAAAGUCCACAAUUUAUUUUUAUACUUUUCAGUCGAGUUUGAAAUAUGUAAAGCCUCAUAAAUAAGUUAUGAUUUCUGUUCACCUUCUAUCUGUUCAGUAAGCAAAGUGUCUCGAGCUCUUUGUGACUGAAUUCUGUUCUCCACGGUAGACAUUUCUUUGGGGGUUAUUAUCAGUUGUUAGGAAGAAUGCCAAAAUUGCAGCUUCGGGGGGGGAUAUAUUUCAAUUUGCAGUAUUCAGACUCUACAUUUCUUUAAAUUUUAUGUUAAUUUUUGCCAACUUUUUUUUUUUCCGGUGUUUACAAUUGACAAUUUUAUUUUUUUUUAACUUUUGUUGUGUUUAAAUGUAUGUGUAAAAUAGCUGCCUUUUUUUUUGUUUUGUUUUUUUUUAAAGAAAAUACAGUUUAUAGAGACUAGGUUAGCAGCAUGCUUGCUUUGCUAAGGGAGACAUUUUAAAACAUGGAUGUUUACAGUAGUUGUUUCCCCUUUAUCUUUUCUUAAUUAUUGUUGUUGUUAUUAUGAUUAUUAUUAUUAUUAUUAUUUCUUACUGGAGUAAGAAGAAAAGUAAUGCUGGGGUUUGGUUUGGGUUUCUUUUUGGGGGGUGGGGGUAUUCAAACCAUUUGCCACCAAUCAAGGUCUUUAUCCAGCAAUCUGUAUAAACACAUCUUAACUUGGAAUGAGAGGGUUGCUGGCAAGAGUCCUUCUAUACUUAAAUUUAGAAAGAGUUGAAGUCCCUUGCUGGACCUGGGCCUGACUGCAUAAGAGAAAUAUCAUCUCCACUUAUUUAGGACAUUCUCCCCUUUCCUUCAUGGAACCCUCCCGGAGCUUUGAGGAGCAGAAGGGAGAUUGUACAGUUAGGGCUGGUCUGGUCUGGUCUUAGAUGUUUGGCUACAUCAAUUCCUACUUAGUAUGUGAGUAAAUACCAUUUCCUUUGACUCUAGGAAGCCGAUUUUAAAGCAAAGACUUAACUGCAUAAGGGUGCUUGGCAGCAUCCAAGACCCCUCCUGCAAAGCCAGCUCCAUCAGCAGUUGGACUAGAUGAUCGUUGUAGGUCCCUUCCAACUGAAUUAUUCUAUCACAUCAUGCAUAUUGAGUCAUCCAUCCAUGCUCUGCAAAAUCAAAACCAUGAAAUCAAGAGGGAGCGCCUGGAAAUCAAUGCCAGCACUCCCAGUGAUUUCAUGUAUCUUGGCAUAACAGUUGGAAAAGGGCACUGAUGUAUGUGUAUUAUCAUUAUGGGCAGGGGAGCUUAUCAGUGAUGUUUAGCUUUGGGAGCCAUGGAGCAACACUGAGAUUUUUGGGGUGAAAAGAGCAGAAGGAAGGCAUAUAGUAGAAGACCAGCCCAUUGUAUAGAGAUGUUCCUUCUGUUGGGGUUUUGGUUUUUUUCUCUCUUUUUUUUUUUAUUUUUUGAUUUUGUUUCCUUUUUUAUUCUACUUUAGAUCUGCAAGCUUGUGCACUGUGGGUGCGUGACUAUUUUAGUGUGAAACGUGUUUUUUGUCAUAGUAUUGAAAUAAUAAAAGCUUCAACAUAGUUUGGAUGUGGAAGGUGUAGCGAUAGUUCAGAUUCAAAAACAAAUAUUCAGGAAAAAAGAAGAAAAA